AUGCUCUCGAAAUGCUCGAAAUCCGCCAUCCUGAGAGCUAGAGUGACGUCAUCGCUCGUCGGGGUCCACGCUCAACGACAACUUUUUGAUGGAAAAGUUGGUUAUUUUCCAGAAAUUUCUUGAUUUGAUUGUGAAAUAAAGAUACUGCAGAAACAAACAAUGAAAGAGAAAAUGAACUGUUCAGAGAAAAAGAAACAAAAAUGAUAACUUUUCUAUAUUUUCAUAUAAUCGUUUAUAAUAUUAUACGAAAUUCUCUCAUCAAAUGAUUUAAAAAAUUGGCUUUCCGUAAGACAGAACAGAUUUAACAUCAAGACUCGGGGAACUACCUUUAAAUUUAAUAUACUGAAAAUUACAUAUUUAUUACGCGUGUGAUCAAAUGCUUUAGUCGUACGAUUGCGUCAUUUCGCAACAUCGGCGUUUUUAACCUCGAAAAAGAAGAAUUUUUGUUUCAAGUUUUUUUCAUAUGUUGAGUAUUUAGUGAGGUUAUUCCUCAUUUUAAUUUCAGUUUAGUCAUUUAAAAAUAUUUUUUUCAAGAAAAAAAUUGAACAAAAAUCUAAUUUUUUUCAGGCUUGAAGUUUUUUUAAUCGUUUUUUUAGCUGUCUCUUCCAAUAUUGGAUAAGUUUUUUUACCUUUGAGAAAAUUUAGAUUGUAGAAUUUUACUUAUGCUUGUUCUACUAAUUUUUUUGAGAUCACUACAACAAGGUUUUUUUAUUUUUUUCAGAUAUCUUCUACGAUCGCAAAAAAAUUUCUUCCCAGGAAAAAAGUUCGAGCCCUUAGCUGUCCCAGAAAUCAAACCCAUGUUUUGGAGGUUUUUUGCUGUAAAUUUGUGGAAAUACGCGAUAAAUUUGAUUCUAACAGGAUGGUUCUCGAGUGGCCACUUAUAUGAAAGACAAACCGAUGCAAACGCAGCUUCACGCCGGCGUUUCGACGACUUAUGAGACUGUAAAUUGAUUAUUUCUUGGCCUUCUGAUAGUCUUGUUUAGGUUAGAAAUGGCUUAAAAAACGGCGGCAAAGAAAUGUUGGGGCGGCGAGUAGAACUAAACGGCCAACUCGUUUGGGAAUGGAUGUCCUAUGCUGAGGUAACAUGAGUAAAUUCAUUUUUUGGUCUUAUCGCUUCUAAAAAUUUACCGAGAAGAAUCCUUUUCCUAAAUAUUCUUCAAUUAAGUUUCAACUUCAGAUCGAUUCAACAUGAGAAAUAUGUUUUAGGUGAUAGAAAAAAGCGACAAGCUGAGCCAAGCGUUCCGAAUUCUCGGCUUGAAGGAGGGCGAUGACGUCAAUAUUGGUAUUUAUUCUAGGAACUGCCCUGAGGUAUUUUCUCGAUGUUGCGGUCAAUAUUUUUAGGAUUUUAGUGGACGAUUUCGGAAAUCGCCGUGCACAAUUUCAGCAACGUCAGCGUUCCUCUGUACGAUACGGUAUUGAAGAAAGAUCUCGUCUAUAUUGGAAAACUGACUGAACUCGAACUUGUACUCGUUGAUACUGAACAAAGGGCUAAAAGUUGGUUUUCUUUUUUGAAGAUCAUGAUAUAAUUGAAACGUUUAGAGUAACCUUAUAUGAGUCCGAAAGUCGUAAAAUAGACUUUUAAAGCCGAAAAAAAAAGUCUUUUAUUUGCCUUUAAUCAAAGGCUGAGAAAUUUCUGUUUAAAAGCGUCGUUUUAUGGCUCAGUUCUUGAUUAGAAGAAAUUCAAACAUUUUCAAAGUUCCGAUCCUCCAACCGCGACGCAGCCGCAACGCGCCUCAUUCUGCUUACGAUCAUUUUUUCAGUGCUCAUCGAUAACGUUGCUGAACUUCCGCACCUGAAGCACGUCGUGAUCUUUGAAAAACCUUCUGAAAACUUGAGAAAAUUAGCGAAAAACGCAUCGGUUAGAAAAUUGUUUUUUCCUUUCCCAUGGAAUUUUCUCUAGAUAAAUCUUCUGGCUUUGGACGAGAUGAUCGAGUUGGGAGCAAAAGGAACUCUGAAACAUUGCCCGCCGAGCCCUGAAACAGUCGCUUCGAUCACUUUCACUUCUGGCACAACUGGUGAUUUUUUGAUGUAGUUUUUUGGGUCGAAGUCGGACUCAACAUGUAGAUAAAUAUAGGAAUCUAUCAAGAAUCGAAUGAAAUAUAUUAUAUAACAAGAUCGUUUAUAGGAAACCCAAAAGGAGCUGUACUAACCCAUAAGAACUUGAUUGCCGACACCAGCACAGCUAUCGAAUUCAAGCACCUUGAAGUUGGUUUUUCAAAAGAAAACAAUAGUUCUACGCAGUUUUUUUCAGCACGUUGUGAUCAGUUAUUUGCCAUUGGCUCACAUCUACGAGAGAGUUUUGGAAUUGAUAGCCUUCGGUUGCGCCGGGUAGGAUUUUCGGCGAAUAUUCUUUAGUUUCAGACUUAUCUUUAAAUUUAUAUUCUUUAUUUGUAUUAUUUUUUUUGCCUGAAGUGUUUAGUGAGCUUUGCUUCUAACAUUUUUUGUCUGUCAAAAAACUGAUUCGAUAUUUUUUUUCAAUUUUGACCCCUCAUUUUUCUUUUGAUGACCUUCAAAAAAUUACAGUAAAGUUGGUUAUUACCGCGGCGACAUCACGAAACUGAUCGAUGACGCGAAAUCGCUCAAGCCAACAUUCUUCCCGAUGGUUCCAAGAGUCAUGAACAAACUUCAUAAGCAGGUGAAAUUAUGAAAAAGGGAAAAGUGCACAAAAGAAAACCGACCACUGCUUUCCUCCAAGAGUCUUGUAUGCAUCCAGAGCUGGAUGCAUUCGUGUCUUCGGUAGUAUAGUGGUGAGUAUCCGCGUCUGUCACAUGCGAGACCCGGGUUCAAUUCUCGGCCGGAGAGAAAUCUUUUUGCUUUUUGUAUUUUCCUCAUUUUUCUAAUUGCAGAUCAUAUUAGAAGCUCAAAAGUCGCCAAUCAAGCAUAGUAUCUUGAAGGCCGUCAUAGCUUGGAAGUUUUUCGAAGUUAAAAAGCAAGCUUCUCGCUUAAAACUUUUUAAAAUGAGAAGUUUUCAGUCAUGUGAUUAGAAACGACUCGAUACUGGAUAAAUUGUUUUUAACCAAAAUUCGCGAUAUUCUCGGCGGUCGCGUUCAAUUUAUGGUUGUUGGUUCGUUUUGGAGUGUUUCCUCUUGCUAAGGUGACGUUUUCCAGCCGCAGCAGCUCCUUGCGAUGAAGCUUUGAGAUUUUUCCGUGCCGCGUUUGGCUGUCCAGUUAUGGUUGGAUAUGGUCAGACGGAAAAUGCCGGAGCAGCGACGGUAAAUUGAAAAGAAAGCUAAACUAUUCACCUCAAAAAAGGGAUAGUGAAAGAUCAACGAGGGUCUGAAAGGGCUCCAGAGUAGUUCGAAAACAACUUUUCUCUGGAGUCUUUUCAUGUCUGAAAUGUCUUUUGCUGGCUCUUAUUUAUUUUUAGAGUCUUACCUUCAAGUUUUUCAAAAUAUUGUCUUUUUGAAAAAAAAUUUGAUAAUAUCAGUUCUUUUCAGGCAAGCAUCUUUGUGGAUAGCGACGAUGGAAAUGUCGGAAUACCUGUUCCUUGUAACGCCGUGAAACUUAUGGACGAGCCGGAUAUUGGUUAUUUCGUCGAGAAAAAUGGAGGGCAAGUCAUGAUCAAAGGCCCGAAUGUUAUGAGAGGCUACUACAAGGAUCCCACUAACACAAAGGCAUGUUCUGUCUUUAAAGUUUAACUUUUUCAUAUUGAAUGAAAAAAAUUUUGAAAAAAGAGAGUAGAAACAACGGCCUCAAGAGAUGCUAGAGAAAAAGAGCGCUCUAACUUUUCUGGCGUCUCUUCAAUUCUGUGAUGAUGUCUCUUUCUCGAUUUUUAUCAAAUUUUAUUUGGAAGCUAAAUUGUGAAAUCCCUCUUCUACAAGUUUUUAGUCUUUAUUUCCUUUUCUACUGGCUUGAGAAAGUAUUCGACUUUUCCCAAGAUCAGAGAAAAUUCUUUGAAAAAAAAAGAAGUUGCUAGGUCUCUGUGGUUUUAAACUUCAAGAUACUGUCUAAUGGCUAUAAUUAAAAACCGCGCGUUUUUUUUUCUUUGAAUUUUCGCUCUAAUCAGAAAACGAUAACCGAAGAAGGAUGGCUCAAAACUGGCGACAUUGGUCGUUGGAGCGAAAAAGGAGUUCUCGAAAUUGUCGACAGAAUGAAAAGUAUCGUAAAAUUGACGCAGGUCCUGAUUCCUUUCUCGCUUUUAAUCUGUCUUCAUUUCAGGGAAAGUUCGUUGCUCCCGAACAUUUAGAAUCGAUUUAUCAGCAGAGCGAGUUUGUCUCGCAAAUAUACGUUCAUGGCGAUGCCAAGAAAAGCUGUUUGGUGGCGGUUAUCGUUCCAGAGCCGACGGUUUUUGGAAUCUCUCUGAAAUCUUCAAUUCAACAAGUUAUAGUACCUGACGACGUUUGCGAAAACGACGUAUGGCUUGGAAAACAAGUCUCUUGAAGUUGAGAAAAUAUACAAAGUUGAAGGAGAGUGAUAUGAUUAAGGAGCUCUGCACAGACGACCGGAUCAGAAAAGAUGUCGUGAAAGCUCUUCGAGAAGUCGCCGACAACCACACUGACGGAGCUCUUCAUGGCUAUGAGAGGGUCUCUUUUCCCAGGAAAAAUGUCAAGCGAUGAAACAUUUAAGAUCGCCGACGUUUUUCUGACGCCUCGGCCUUUCACAGUCGAUGAAGUUCUGCUGACGCCGACGCAGAAGAACAAACGGCCGCAGAUGGCCGCCCACUUCAAGAACCAAAUCGCCGACAUGUACAAGAUUCUCGACAAUUAAUGAAGAAACUUCAAACAAUUGAUUUUAUUCUAAUUUUGGAACUAUUAGAAACGGUGGAACUACUUAGGAAAGAGAUUUAAAAAAAUCUCUCGUUUUAGAAUAUCAAAAUUUCAGCGAAUUUUGAGGUCCUAGAAGCAAAAAACUUUCUUCAUUAUCAUUUCUCACAAGCUGACUAAGCUUUCAAAUUGAUAGUUCUUCAAUCAUUUUUUCAAUCAUCUAAUCAAUCAAUCGUUUCUUAUACAUACUCUUCAAUUCUACGCGCCAUGGCAAAACGGCUAUUCGGCAUUGGCGCCUGACACCGUCGCGUCUUCGGUAGUAUAGUGGUGAGUAUCCGCGUCUGUCACAUGCGAGACCCGGGUUCAAUUCCCGGCCGGAGAGAAAUCUUUUUGCUUUUUCGAGUUUCAUCACUUUUCCUUUUUGCAGAUCAUGAGAGGCUCAAAAGUCGCCAGUAAACAUAGUUUCCUAUCCUAAAAACUUGUAUUUUUCAAAAAGUUUCUCAAACAUUAAGAUUAAACAAUAUAUCGACGUGGUAUGAUAUGAAGUUCUCUUCAUUUUGACUUUACUCGCUCUACUAACCAGAUCUACUGAGAAAGGUUGUUCUCCACUGCGUCUUUUUCGGAAUGAGCCGCUUCAGAUGCUGUCGAAAGGCUCGCGGAGCACAAUGAUGAUGGCCAGCCGGAUGACGUCUGCGAUGACUCAGCGAAGGCAUUUUUUAGAUGGAAAGGUAGAAGCUGCGAAAAGCCCUCGAGUGAUCACUCGACAGUCUCAUUUUUAGCUUAUCGCCGUAGGGGCAGCUGCCAUAGCCGCGUCGAAAAUCCUCACCUCACCAAAAAUCCACCCGAUUUGUGACGUAAACCAACAAACUCAUGUCCUUGAGGUGUCCCAACGCCGUUUUGGAAUAACUGAACUUUUUUUUUUCUUGAGGAUGGAUCUAGAAUCGCCGCUCACAGAAAAGGCUACAUAUUGAUGACGACAAUUGACGAAGGACUAAGUACGACUUAUGAAAUGGUUUUUGGAGUUGAUGUGCAGCGAAUGCGAUACGAAGCGAUAUUCUCUUCAGAUGCGCCGAGGAUUACGCAACGGAGGCUCUGAAAUGUUGGGAAGGAGGGUUGAAAUAGAUGGUCAGCUCGUUUGGGAAUGGAUAACGUAUGCACAGGUGGGAUGAGCUGACAUAAUCAUACUCUCUUCGUUAAAAUUUUGUCUGACUCUCAUAAAUUUAAAUGGUGUUUCUUACUUUUUUUCCCGCCCACAUAGGAAAAGAAAGCGCAAAGAGUACGAUUUAUCCCAAACACUGGCGAGUUAGGUUUGAUAGCGCGUAAUUUUUCGAAGUUUUUACCGCAGCUAGGUCGAAAAAUUAGCAGCCGUACGGUCUUUGCUCUAAAACUAUCAUUAUCACUCAAAUUUCGUUUUCAAAAAAAAAUGUCAAAUUUUUUGUUGCAAAGUAUGUCUUUCUUAAUAAAACCGGUUAAAGUGAGCAAUAAUAGGCAAUCGAGACUGCGGACCUGGUCAGCCAAGGCUUUCGAGCACUUGGAAUUUCAACUGGCGACGAAACCAACAUUGGGAUCUUCUCACAAAACAGGCCCGAGGUUUGAACGCGUCGCGACCGCUCCGCGCUCGACGACUCUCAGACUUUUCUUUUUUGCAGUGGGUCAUCGGAGAAAUGGCGAUCCACAACUUCAGCAACGCCAGCGUUCCUCUGUACGACACGGUGCCGAAAGAUGACUUGAUUUACAUUUGCAAUUUGACCCAACUUUCGACAAUUUUGGUCGACAAGGAAGAAAGGGCUAGAUGUUCGUUGGAGCAGACUUCUUCUAAAAUAAUAGCUCGAUUCAGUGAUAAUCGAUAAUAUUCAUCACAUUCCGCUAAUGAAGAAUAUUGUUUUAUUUGAGAAGCCGUCGGCCAAUUUUCAAGAAGAAGCCAAGCGAAAAAUGGUGAUUUUUUAUAAUUCCUUUUCACUUUCCUUUUUCCAGGUGAACCUUCUCACAUUUGACGAGCUUGCCGAAGUUGGCAAAAAGACGGAAAUUCCUCAUAUCAAGCCGACUUCCGAGACUGUCGCUUCGAUCACUUUCACUUCGGGGACCACUGGUUGGAUUGUAAUCCUCAAAUUGAAGUUCACUUAUUAUUUUUCAGGAAAACCGAAAGGCGUCAUUUUGACGCAUGGCAAUUUGGUGGCCGAAAUGACCAGCUCAUUCGAAUUUUACGACACUAUGAAUGUUUUCUACUUAUCUGAAUUUCAUAUUUAAUUCUUUUGAUUCUAGCAAACUGUGAUCAGCUACUUACCAUUGGCUCAUAUUUACGAACGUGCCAUCGAAUUGAUUUGUUUCAGUAUUGGAGGGUGAUUUCAGUUGUUUUUCUUUAUCUUGUUUUAAAAAUUCUCAUAUAUUCUUAAAACAUGAUAAAUUUGUCUAAAAAUUGAUGAAUUUGCUUGAAAACAAUGGCAAGUCAUGAGUUAAAAAGUGAAAAAAAUAAAAAGUUUACAGAAGAGUUGGAUAUUUCCGUGGUGACGUUACACAACUCAUUGAUGAUGUCAAAUCACUCAAGCCAACGGUUUUUCCGAUGGUCCCUCGAGUUAUGAACAAAAUCCACAAGAAGGUAAUUCGAAAUUCCUAACGUUGUAAGGCUCCUUGCGCGCUGUGGUAUUCUCAUUCGCGGCGUUUGCCUGACGUGUCCUCGGUAGUAUAGUGGUGAGUAUCCGCGUCUGUCACAUGCGAGACCCGGGUUCAAUUCCCGGCCGGGGAGAAUCCUUUUUGCUUUUUUCCGUUUGCUUCCAAUUUCUUUGUAUUUCGAACUUGGUACUCAAAUAGUAUCGUUUCCGCCUAAAAAGAUGUUUUAGGUGAUGAUAGAAGCAAAGAAGUCGCCAGUCAAGUAUUCAAUUUUACGCGCUGUCCUAGCUUGGAAACAACUGGAGUUGAAAAAGUGAAAGAAAGCUCUUUUAUCUGGUAAAAAACGGUUUCUAGUGGAAUCGUGAGGAACGAUGGUUUGAUAGACAAGAUAUUCCUCAGAAAAAUUCACGAAGCCCUGGGUGGACAAGUGAAAAUGGUCAUUGUUGGUGAGUGAUUAGAUUAGGUCCUUGUUGAUUCAGAAAAAAUAUGUCUAGGUUCGGCGGCUCCAAGUGACGAUGCAGUUCGUUUCACUCGCUGUGCUUUCGGCUGUGUGGUGGUCGUGGGUUACGGUCAAACGGAGACUUCUGCCGCGGCUACGGUAGGUUUUUUGAGAUGCAAUAGUGAAACUAAACAUUCAAAAGAAUUUUUGAUUAGAAAAUAGAUUCGACUGACAAUUUACUGUGAGUUUGAUUGUGAAAAAAUCUUGAUUUUGCUGGAUGCUUAGAUUUUUACGUGUUUUGGAAUGGUUAGAAACUGUUCAACUUUUAUGUUUGAUCUUUUAAAGUAUACUUACUUAUCCUUUUUUCUAAAUAUCAUUAACAAUUAAUACAUUUAAUUUUAGUCCUCGAUCCUGGCAGACAUGACGGAUGGCCACGUCGGCGUUCCGAUCCCAUCAAACGCCGUCAAACUGAUCGACGUCCCCGAACUCGGAUACUACGUGUCGAAAAACGGCGGAGAAAUUCUGAUCAAGGGCAAAAAUGUUACUCGCGGCUAUUACAAGGAUCCCAAGGCUACCAAGGUUCAGAUUAAUUAUUUUUCAUUAUAUCGGAAUAUAAUAUUUUUUGCGGACAUUUUCCCGCCUUUUUCAGAGAAAGUUCUUGUAUGAAAUAAGACUCGCCAUCAAUCUUGUUGUGAGCCAAGUAGGAAUGUCAGAUUUUGGGGGAAAAAAGAUAGUGUAACUAUUCUUAUUAACUAGAACUUUGAGGCUAAAAAUCUGAAUUUUCCCUUUUAGGAAGCCUUGGAUGACGAAGGCUGGCUGAAGACUGGUGAUAUCGGUAAAUGGCGAGAAAAUGGAACCCUCGAGAUUGUCGAUCGCAAGAAAAGCAUCGUCAAAUUGUCACAGGUAUCAGAAAUUGCUCAUUUUUUUUCCUACAAUCGAAUUUUCUCAAAAGUUUUCUGGUUUCUGGCAUAGUGACCUUGAAAAAUGAUUUGGAAGGAAAAUUUUAGUCACGAAACUUUUUCCCAAAGUCACGAGUUUUCUGCAUGUUUUUCCGAAAUUUUUUUUUUGUUCUGAAAGUUCAUUGGUUACAGACGUAUGAUCUUUUAUCACAAUUCUUCUUUCAGUCUUUCUCAGCUUCAGAACACCUUGUGAGCUAUCAACUUGUACCUAUUUUUUAGGGUAAAUUCGUGGCGCCCGAACAUUUGGAGAAUAUCUACCUUUUGAGCGAUUUCGUCGCACAAAUUUACAUCCACGCCGAUAUGAAGCAAAGCUCUUUGGUGGCGGUGAUUGUUCCGGAUCCCGUGGUAAUUUGAAGAUUCGAAGAGUUUCUCAAAAAAUCGCUUUCAUAGUACCUUGCCAACUUUGCCGAGAAGAAGUACGGACUUCAGAGCCUGACUUAUGAGGUUUGAAAAAUUUUUUUGGUCAAUCUAGCAUUAAAAGAGUUUUUCGUAUCUACUCCUCCUCAAAUCUAAGGAUGUAAAGUUGCAAAUUUUAUUUUCUCAGUUUUAGAUUGAAGGGAACUUGUUAGGGUACUGGUCUGUUGAUUAAUGUAUUCAUGUUCAACAAAAAUAACAGGAAUUGUGCGCUGAUGAGCGUUUGAAAGAAGACGUUUUGAAAUGCUUGCGACAAGUCGCCGACGCGAAUCCCGAACGACCGCUUCAUGGAUAUGAGAGGGUAUUGUCUUUUGCUAUAUUCAGAAGAUAGACACUUCAAUACUGAAAAAAAGCUUCAGAUCGCCGACGUUUUCCUUGCGCCGCACUCGUUCAGCAUCGACGACGGCCUGGUGACGCCGACGCAGAAGAACCGCCGGCCUCAGCUGGCCGAGUUCUACAAGAAGCCCAUCGCACAAAUGUACAACCAUUUGAAUCGCAAGCAUCUCUGA